AUGCGUGACCUCUGCGGAAAAGCCGCCAAGAUGGGGCUCGGCGGAGGGUUUUGGCGCGCGGAGUGGUGGCAGGCGCAGCUUUCGCCUUCUCCGCGCGGGAGGCGCAGCUCCGCGCAUCUGGCGGAGCGAUCUUCCGCCGGCUCCGCGGAUUUUUUGAGCUAUUUGCGGCCCAGCGAAACCUGCAAAAGCCUAUCAAAGUCCGGAGAUGCUGUUGACGACGCGUUAUGUCUUACAGUGAGGCGGUACACUAACGGGGAUAGAUACGAAGGCGAGACGCGUGACGGGGUAGCGUCCGGAAGCGGAGUGUACUAUUUCGACGAAGCUGCUGGGAAAUUUGAAGGCGAGUGGGCGGACGGAAAAUACAGCGGGUUGGGUGUAGAGUCGUGGGAGAGCGGCAGCGUGUACCGAGGCGAGUACAAACGCGGAUACCGCGAGGGGCGGGGGCUGUACCAGUUCCACACGGGGGACGCGUAUGCGGGCGCGUGGGCGCGCGGGCAGAGCCACGGCGCGGGGCUGCAGAUGUGCGCGGAUGGGAGCACGUACGCGGGGCAGUUCUCGUACGGGCUCAAGCACGGCUUCGGGAUCUACACCUUCAGGAACGGAGACACCUAUGCGGGGGAGUAUUUCCGCGACGCCAUGCACGGGUACGGCGUGUACAACUUCAGCAACGGGCAGUGCUACGAGGGCGCGUGGCACGACGGGUGCAAGCAGGGGCUGGGGCGAUACUCCUUCCGCAGUGGGGACUCACUCAUGGGCCACUGGCACCUGGGAGCGCUCCUCACACGCUGCUGUGACCCCGCUCCUGCCUCUGCCACCAAUUGUGCCGCUGCCACCACUGCCGCUGCCGGCUCAGCUCCCUCUGCUAACUCUGCUGCUCCUUCUGCCUCUGCAUUUGACGCGGUUUCUGACUCUCUUUCGGACUCCGGCAGCUGGGGUGCAUCCUCAGGCCCAUUAUCACCCUCAGCCUUCUCAGCAGCAGCAUCACCAUCAGCAAUGUCACCACCAGCACUCACAGCGGGCCAGUCUCCAGUCAAUGGGCGGCCAUCAGUGGACCCUGCUAAAGUCCUAGCAGCUGUUGAGAGCGCUCUGAUUAAAUUGUCGGCCAUGAAGCUCACUGACGGCAUGGCAGCGCUGGUCACGGGAGCAGGCUCGGGCAUAGGCCGAGCGGCUUCCCAGUAUCUGGCGUCUAAGGGGCUCCGGGUGACCGUUGUGGAUUUCUCAGAGGCAGGCGGGCUGGAAACAGUGCGGCUGAUUGGAGAGCAGACGGGGAAGCAAGAUGCAGUGAGAUUCGUCCAGUGUGACGUCAGCAAGCCUUCUGACCUGGCCCGUGCAUUCGCCUCGCACAUGCAAUGGUGUGGCCGUCUUGACGUGUGCCUGAACAACGCGGGCAUAGGCGAGAGAGACUGGUUUCUCAAGGACACGUCAGGAGAUGGCAAGGGCUCCUGGCGCCACGUGUUGGACGUCAAUUUGAGGGCUGUUGUGGACGGGACACGCCUUGCGGUGCAUGCAAUGCAGUCUGGAAAAGGCACAAAGGGCAGAAACAGUGGCGUGAUCGUGAACGUGGCAUCAGCAGCAGGGCUGUACCCCUCACCCAGCGGCCCCAUCUAUGCCGCAUCUAAAGCUGGAGUGGUCAUGUUCACACGUUCAUUGGCUCAUCUUGCUGUCAGUGGCAUUCGUAUCAACGCCCUCUGCCCUGAGUUCAUCGAAACCCCACUGGUGACCCAGGUCACAGGGCAGGCGGCCAAACAUUUUCCCAAGGUGGUUGCCUCGGUAGGCGGCUUCAUUCCCAUGGGCACCAUCGUUGACGGCCUAGCCGAGUUGAUAGAAGAUGAACAGAGGGCGGGCGAGUGCAUGUGGAUCACCAACCGGCUGGGCAAGCAGUGGUGGCCGACUGAGGAGGAAAAGAGGCGCUACCUGGUGGCAGGCACACCUGGGGGAGGUGAUAGGAAAGGGGGUGACAACAAAGGAAGUGACAGAAAACAUGAUUCAAGUGAUGGUGGAGGAGCGUUUGCAUUGGGUGCUAUGCCACGUGUGAGGAGGGGUGCUGGUUUGGGGGCAGAUGGCAGUGAAGCUUCUUGGAAGCUUCGUGUGGGUGUGGCGAGUGGGCUGCCUUUGAAUUUCCGGAAGCUUGUGGUGCAGCGCCUCUCCUCGGACUUCAGACAAGCCACCAACAUCAUCGAGGCGCCACUGCCGCUGCCAGUGCCAGCAGGGAAGGUGCUCCUGCGAGUGCGAUAUGCGGGAGUCAACGCCAGCGAUGUCAACUACUCAGCAGGCCGUUAUGCAGGCAGCCCUGCAGAAGCAUCGCAGCAGCUUCCCUUCGACGCAGGCUUCGAGGCAGUGGGGGAGAUAGUCGCACUACCAGGCAGCACCACCACAGGCAGCACCAGCACAGCCAGCGCACAGCCCAAAGAGAGUCUAGGAUCCCUGGCUAGGGGGAGCAAAGGGAGCCUGGCAGGGGGGCUGGCAGUGGGGCAGGCAGCAGCAGCACUGGCUUAUGGUGCAUUUGCUGAGUAUAUGUUGGUGGAUGCCCGAUGGGUGAUCCCCGUGCCUCACUGCUCGCCUCAAGUGGUGGCUCUACUAACUAGCGGCCUCACUGCUUCUAUCGCUUUGUCCGAGUCUGGCCGCAUGGGCAGUGGCGAGACGGUGCUGGUGACAGCAGCAGCUGGAGGGACGGGCCAGUUUGUAGUGCAGUUGGCGAAGCUGGCAGGGAACAGGGUGGUGGCGACAUGUGGCAGUGAGAGCAAGGCAGCAGUGCUGCGGGACCUUGGAGCAGAUGUGGUGGUUAACCACCGCACAGAAAAGGACAUGGCCAGGGCACUGAAGAGAGCAUGUGGGGCGCAGGGAGCAGCAGUGGUGUUCGAAUCUGUGGGAGGAGAUAUGUUCGCUGCUGCACUGAAGGCGCUCGGCCGAUUUGGAAGGCUCAUUGUGAUUGGCAUGAUGUCACAGUACACAGCAGGGCAGGAGGGGCAGUGGGUGAGCAAGGCGUAUCCUGGUCUGUGUGAGCGCCUGCUCUCCAACUCUCAGACACUGGUUGGGUUCUUCCUGCUGCACUACCCGCAGCUGUGGCGCUUGCACUUCACCAAGCUGGUCACGCUGUACCAAGCAGGCCUGCUCAAGGUUAGAUGGAGUGAUAGGCAUCUCAAAUCCUUCCUUCCCCGAUCAUCGCAGGUGGCCCUCGAUCCUACGCCGUUCAAGGGCCUUCCUGCAGUGCCGUCAGCAGUAGAGCACUUGCAAGCUGGGAGCAGCGUGGGCAAGGUGGGUGGGAAUUAG